AGGAGAGAGCGGAGGAAGGGGCGGAGGUCACCCAGCCCUCCACCCUCCGAGGCUGGGAGCAUCUCUAGGUGCUCUGUAGUCCAGGGCACAGUAGGUCCUGCCAGCGAUCCAGGAUCCAGCGCUCAGAAGAGUCCUAGGGAGGCAGGAGCGGUGGAACCCGAGGUUGCGGCUGCGCCGGGCUGGUUGCGCCAUGGAACACGGGGCUCAGCGCUCUUCUGCUCUGGACACAGCCACUCAGUGGCCCAGGAUGCCGAGAUGUCUGCACUUCGAGACUGCACAGUUGUGACAGGGAGAUGACUUGAGGGCACAGCGUUUACCUCCACAACAAUGUCAAUGUCCAUGAACGGUUCCAGACAGCCAGUGUCUCCUGCAGCUGGACUCAUCGCGAACACCACGUGCCAGACGGAGAACCGUCUUUCAGUAUUUUUUUCAAUCAUCUUCAUGACAGUGGGGAUUUUAUCUAACAGCCUGGCCAUCGCCAUUCUCGUGAAGGCGUACCAGAGAUUCAGACAGAAGUCCAAGGCUUCCUUCCUGCUUUUGGCUAGUGGCCUGGUGAUCACGGACUUCUUUGGCCACCUCGUCAAUGGAGGGAUAGCUGUGUUUGUAUACGCUUCUGAUAAAGACUGGACCCGCUUCGAUCAGUCAAACAUCCUGUGCAGUAUUUUCGGAAUCUCCAUGGUCUUUUCUGGCUUGUGCCCGCUCUUCCUAGGCAGUGCGAUGGCCAUUGAGAGGUGCAUAGGAGUCACCAAUCCUAUAUUCCACUCUACGAAGAUCACAUCGAAACACGUGAAAAUGAUUCUGAGUGGCGUGUGCAUGUUUGCUGUCUUCGUGGCUUUGUUGCCCAUCCUCGGACACCGAGAUUAUCAAAUCCAAGCGUCCAGAACCUGGUGCUUCUACAACACGGAGAACAUCGAAGACUGGGAAGACAGAUUUUAUCUCUUGUUCUUUUCUCUCCUCGGACUCUUAGCUCUCGGAGUUUCAUUCUCGUGCAACGCCGUCACGGGAGUCACACUCUUAAGAGUGAAGUUCAGAAGUCAGCAGCACAGGCAAGGCAGGUCUCACCACCUGGAGAUGGUCAUCCAGCUCCUGGCCAUAAUGUGUGUCUCCUGCGUCUGCUGGAGUCCCUUUCUGGUAACAAUGGCCAACAUUGCAAUAAAUGGAAAUAAUUCCCCAGUGACCUGUGAAACGACACUUUUUGCUCUCCGAAUGGCAACAUGGAAUCAGAUCUUAGACCCCUGGGUCUAUAUUCUGCUACGGAAGGCUGUCCUUAGGAACCUGUACAAGCUUGCCAGUCGCUGCUGUGGGGUGAACAUCAUCAGCUUGCACAUCUGGGAACUCAGCUCCAUUAAGAAUUCCUUAAAGGUUGCUGCUAUUUCGGAGUCUCCGGCUGCAGAGAAGGAGAGUCAGCAAGCAUCCAGUGAAGCUGGCCUGUAAAACAACUCAGCGUUGGAAGAAAGAUAUGGAAACUUCAGAGACAUCUCAGCUCACCAGACUCACAGCAUAACUGGAACAUAUGGACCUCUGUGGAGUUCAGGAGUACAGUGGUCAGACACAGCUUGACUUUCAUUAUGCCGGCUGCUGCAUGGUUGUGUAUUUUUAUUUGUUUGUGUCAACAGGAGAUAAGCAGAUACAAUGUGGUGGAGUUGAGUAGAACACACAUUUGAGUUUAUCUGUGUGACUUAUGUUCUUGGAAUAAAUGAUUCUGUUGAGGCCCAGUGCCUUUAUUGUCUAUUUUUCCAAGCACCUUAACGCUACUUGCACUCUGACAUGGCCAUUUGAGGACCCCUGACUUACAGACAAAGCUUCAAGUAGUACAAGACGUUUUGUGUUUGUGUGUGCAGUUCUGCUCUGUUUACCAGCCCACGUGUCUUCAAUCAAUAUCUGCAUGGCCAUGACAUCUGAGACUCGAGGUGACUUUGAUGGCCACUAUGUAGGCUGCUCAGCCUGACGUUGUUAGGCUGAUGAGGAUAAUCAUUCUUGUCACAACUGACAGGUGUGAUUGCUAGCAUUUGUUAUGAAGGCUAAUUAUUUUUUCAUAUUGGUUAUCCUCCUAUAAAAUCAUAGGUUUUCAGUGUCUAAGUAAUCUCCCUUUCCUCUGAAAAUUGUAGAGACAUACAGGCGUUGUCUUAGCACAGAGUCAGCUCAUGAUAGCAUAUCAUAAGCCCUAUUAAGGAUGAUACAAACAUUGAAAAUCCCACUUACACAUGCCAAGAAUAUGGCAGACAUUGCUUUACCUGAAUUGUCAUUUCUAUGUCAGAGAAUAAAAGAAAAACAAGAUACAUUCGAAGUCUGUUUGCAGCUACUGUGUUUCUGCUUUACACACACAGGCAUAAGGAAGUUCUGCUAACAGCAAUUUCACUAACUAGGUUGAACAUUUCCAAAAGCCCGAGUUAUCAGUGAGGAGUGGAAAGAUGUGAAACCAGCCAGGAGUUCGGACCCACUCUUAUGGUUAACUUGAGGCUAAGGGACAAGAUUGUGCUGCCAACUUUCCCAAUCUUAAUUCACACUUCUCCUUUGUUUGUAUAAUUUAACACAAAGAUACUCAAUUUCAGUAAUCAUUCUGAACAUUAGGUCCAUCUCUGACUAGGCUUGUGGUUAUGCUUUAUAAAGAAAUGUAUUUUUCAUAUUUAACAUUUUACCUUGCUUUCAUCAAGUUUGGCUUUAUUUAAAGAUUAUUACUUUUUUUUUUUUUUUGCAGUGUGUAUGGGUGUUUUACGUGAAUGUAUUUCUGUGUGUUAUGUACCUUCCUGGAACCUACUGAAACCAGAAAGGGGCAUCAGAUCCUCUGGAACUGAAGUUACAGAUGGUUGAAACCUACCAUGUGGGUACUAGGAAUCAAAUCCAGGUUCUCUGGAAGAGCAGCUGUGGAAGAAUUUUAAUCCAGCAACAUUGUGAAUUCAAUAGACUUAAAAUAGUAUCUUCAACAUGGUUUCUCUGGCAAGAGAUCACAUCCAAAGACCUUCUAGGUCUAUAUGAUCUGGCUGGAAUGCAGACAUGCCCUGGAUUAUAGUACGAUCUGGCUGUAAUAUAGAUGUACCCUUAGUACACACAUUUAAUCCCUAACAAUGAAGGUAAAGUUAGUUUGUAGAAGGAAGUAGCCACUUUUGAAAGUAAUGUCCAAUUAGGGGCAGACAGAGUGAUGAAUCAGAUAAAGUUUUAACCAAAUGGCUUAAGAGAAAGGAUAUGCCCAACUCACGUGAGGAGAGAGAGAGGGGAGGGCAGUGGUGUGUUUAUGGCAGUUUUACCAGGACAGUUUUGCAUAGAUCAGCAGAGAGAACAAUCUGGAUACUGGUGAAGACCGAGUGAACCAAAGAGUAGGAGGAGUCAGAAGAGCAGAACUUAUCGCCAGUUAGUACAAGGCCAAGCAAUCAGGCAGAAGUGGAGAGAAGCCAGAUUCAAUCGGUCACGGGAGAUUAGAUUGUUUGGAGGCUAGAAGCUUUCAGGCCUAGGCCUAGGGAUUGAUAGAACAGAGAAAGAAAUGCUCUGGGCUCAGCCUAAGCUGUGCGUUCUCACUGCUAGAGUAUGGCUUUCUUUUUAUCCGUUUGUCUGAGGAAAUGAAAGCAUCAUUUUCAAGCAGCCGCUGUUAACUGCUGAGCUGUCUCUCUAGCUUUUCAGAAUGAUUUUUAUCAAUACAAAUGAUUUUAGAUUCUAGGAGCCCUGUGAAUUCAAUAGACUCAAAAUAGUAUUUUCAAUAGCUUCUGCUUUCUUUGAUUGGUAGUUUACAUUAGAUAUGAUCACUGCUUUUGGUAAAUUCUCAUAACUAAAUUAAAAGAAAUUAAGCAAAUAGCCUUGUUGAAGAGUUAAAGAAAAUCAUUUGUGGUGAUUUGAAAGGAAUACACACUAUUAUGUAAUAAUCUUAACUUAAAGACAAGUGAUCAAUCACACAACUGAUUCUUAUGUAGAGAAUAUACAGAGAAUAGAAAACAAUUUUUGGUGUAAAUUGAGCUUGGAGUUGUAAAGAGUGUGCACAAUUUAAAUUUAAGCUGACAGCUGCAUGUCGGUUUUUAUGAUGUACAUAAGUAGUGUUCCUGUGUGCAUGCAUGUGUUUAUGAAUAUGUGUAUAUGUAUGUGUAUGUAUAUGUAUAAUGCAUAUGAUUGUAAAAAGGCAUUGCAAUUUAUGAUCACUGUUACAUUACAUAAAUGUUAUCAUCUUUAAUUUCAAGAGUACUCAAAGCCUGGAUAAACCUUUGGACAGUUAGCAUUCAGAGCAGAUUUGUUUCCUACAGCAAUAAGACGUUGGCAUCUCAAAAACUGAGGCACAAAGAACCAAAUCCCUGUCUUCUUCAACUAUAGUUGGUAAAACUCUGCAAUUAACAUUACCAUGCAUUUCAGCUGAGGAAAGGCACUGAGAGGGACCUUGUUUUGAGGCCCCAGUUCUCUUCAUUGUGAGCCUCUGAUAUGGACACAAAAGUUCUACUGCUGUGAUGUCUACAGUGAGACUGUCUUUUAACAUCAUCCUGUGAUGAAGGCAAGGCUCUGGGAAGUGCCAAGGAGUUUUUUUUUCAGUGCAUAUUCUGGAAGAUUUAUCUCUACAACCUAAGCAUUUUUUAAGACAAGCUAACUGAUCUUAUGAUGAGGAUAACCCACAGUAUAAAUGUAAAAAAAAUUGAAGAAAUUUCAUGUUAUACCUGACUCUAAAAUUCUGUUUGUUUUAGUGGCCAUUGUAUAUAGUUUACUGUGCAGUGUGCAAUAGUGGAUGCAUUUGCUGAUAACUUCUAUAGACCUGAGUAAAACUGUA